AUGGAGGAUUUCAGGCAGGCCAUAGAAAGUAACAACAUCUAUGAUAUGGGUUGGAAGGAGAGCGUGUUCACAUGGAGCAACAAAUACUCUGACUGUACAUUUACUAAAGAGAGACUUCACAGAGUAGUGGCCAACAUGAAAUGGGCUGAUUUGUUUCGAGAAAGAGUGGUUGAGGCAUUUCUUGCUAACCAAUCUGACCACAAGGAUAUAUUGCUGGACUUAAUCAUGACGUUAGAAAGAAGAAGAGGAUUUUUUAGAUUUAAAGCAAAGUGGAUCUUGGAUGAGGAAGACAGACCAGUGGUAGAAGAAGCAUGGGGUAGAAGUGGAAGGAAUUCAGAUUCUUUAAAGAGGAUCUAA